CUCACACCGACACGAACACAGGGGCUGCUGUGUGUGCGGGAGAAGUUGUUUGCACAGAGAGCACCAGGUAGCAACUGUCUUCUUCAAACGGAUUUGUUCAAGCUGGGAGUAAUCGGACUCGCCGGGGUCUUUUUUUUCCUUUUUCCAGGUGGAAGAGACGAAGCUUUUUUGCGAUGAGGUGGACGUACCAGUAUCUAAAGUGAGGAGUAUUUUUUUGUUUUAAUGAACAUCUGACAUCCAGCUCACAGGAGAAAUCUUUCAAUCAGACCUUUUUGGAUUGCUUCUUUUUUUCUAUCUGACGGAGCUCGCAUUUCUCUGUGAAACACUAUCAAGGAUUUCACUGAUGUAUGCGAUGUGGAGACUGCAAGUCGCCUUAUGUACUCUGUCGGUGCUGUCCCUGUCAUCUGCUGGUGAAAGCAAAGCGCGGAGCUGUAGCGAGGCUAGGCAAGCUUAUAACGCUAAAGGAUUCAGCCUCGUCAAUGUGCCUCAUCAGGAAAUAUCAGGUGAGCACCUGCGUGUCUGUCCUCAGGGAUACACCUGCUGCACAUCUGAGAUGGAGGACAAACUCAACCAGCAGAGCAAACAGGAGUUCGAGAACUUGGUCGAGGAGAGCAGCCGCAAUAUGAGGACGACGUUUGUCUCGAGGCAUAAAAAGUUUGACGAGUUUUUCUUGGAGCUGCUGGACAAUUCUGAGAAGUCUCUCAACAGUAUGUUCACACGGACGUACGGGAAGCUGUACAUGCAGAACUCAGAGGUGUUCCAGGACCUGUUCACUGAGCUGAAGCGCUACUACACAGGGGGCAACGUCAACCUGGAGGAGAUGCUGAACGACUUCUGGUCCAGGCUGCUGGAGCGCAUGUUCCAGUUACUCAACUCCCAGUACCACUUCACAGACGACUACCUGGAGUGUGUCAGUAAAUAUGCAGAUCAGCUAAAGCCCUUUGGAGAUGUGCCCAGGAAACUGAAGGCCCAGGUCACCAGGGCUUUCAUCGCCGCACGGACGUUUGUCCAGGGGCUAAUGGUGGGACGGGAGGUCGCCAACAGGGUCGCCAAGGUGAAUGUAGUUCCAGCAUGUGUCAAAGCCCUGACCAAGAUGCUGUACUGCUCAUACUGUCGCGGCAUGCCUGGGCUGAAACCCUGUCACAACUACUGUCACAACGUUAUGAGGGGCUGUCUAGCAAACCAGGCAGACCUAGACGCUGAAUGGAACCUCUUCAUCGAUGCUAUGUUACUGGUGGCAGACAGACUGGAGGGACCCUUCAACAUCGAAGCCGUUAUAGAGCCGGUCGACAUCAAGAUCUCCGAGGCCAUCAUGACCAUGCAGGACAACAGCAUGCAAGUGUCAGCCAAGGUUUUUCAAGGGUGUGGCCAACCAAAGCCAUCAGGAAUAGGCAGGUCUGCACGUGGCAUCUCAGAUGUGUUCAGUGCUCGUUUUCGACCCUACACCCCUGAAGAGAGGCCAACCACAGCAGCUGGAACAAGCCUGGACAGACUGAGGGUUGUGUGGAAGACAAUGCAACACAGUGUGAUUGACAUCAAAGAGAAGUUGAAGGAGUCCAAGAGGUUCUGGUCCAACCUGCCAGAUGACAUCUGUGCCAAGGGCAAGCUCACAGAGUCGGACGAGGAUCAGUGCUGGAACAGCCACACGAAGGGCAGAUAUUUCCCUGAGGUGGUGAAGGAGGGUCUUACCAACCAGGCGAACAACCCAGAGGUGGAUGUGGAUAUCACCCGGCCCGACACACUGAUACGACAGCAGAUCAUGGCUCUGCGUGUCAUGACCAACAAGCUAAAGAACGCCUACAAUGGAAAUGACAUCUACUUUCAGGACUCAAGUGAUGAAGGCAGCAGCUCCGGCAGCGGCAGCGGCUGCUCUGACGGCUGCACGACAGAGUUUGUGUUUGUUGGAACGGAGGCUCCUGUGAUCGGAGCCGACAGAAGCGACGAGCGCGCAGCAGCGGCCGCCGCGGGAAAGUCCCUUUCCCGCGAACCGUCCCUACUCCUGGUGGUGGCAGCCUUCACACUCCCACUCUGGGCAAUGCAGACUCAAUGGAGAUAAUACACGAGUGUGAACUGCUCACUGACUCUUGUACUGUUACUUACAGUACGUUAAACAGCAAGUUCUACUGCUGUUCCCUCUCUGGACAUGUAGAAGCUCCUGGAAACCUGUCGAGAAUGGCUUACUGUGUGGUACGGUCGGACUGGAAGUGAGUGCAGCGCUGCAUCCUGCUCGUCCCCCAAAGAAUGCUCGGUGCCAUCACUGAACCAGCUUUCACAUCUCUGAAAAAAAAAAAAAAAAGAAAAUGUUGUGUUUCUCAUUAGUGGGUUUUAAAGAACAUACUUCUCUUCUAGAAAGUGAAAACCAUGUGAUCUGAUUUUUCAGAUAAAGGGGGAAUUAAUUAAUUUUUAUUUUCCUUUGUAUGAUGAAAUUGUGAAAUCGAGACGGCACCCGUUCCUGUCCUUUUAGUCUUGUCCCCCUCAGACAAAAGGAGAAAGUCUUACUGUGUGCAUGCGUGGAAAUGAUGUUACCUGACAAAAACAUUUUUUUUGUUGUUUUGUUUUUUGUUUUUUUUAAUAAAUGCAGGCUACACAGUUUUAGGUUGGUUGGUACGGGAUUGUACAGUGCUAGCAGUACCUGGUUUCCCGCUUGGUCAUAUCAGUGUGGCUUCAGGUUGCAGUUCUUACAGCCACUUUAUAGUUGCACAUUUGAUUAUCUCUAAGAAAGUGCUAAUGUACUGCACUAAGAGAACUACUUUGCACAGAUUAUUUUUGUCGGCUUCAUAAGUUUAUAAAGCUACAGGAAACAUUCACCCCAUAGAGACAGAAGAGCUAUAUUUUCAGAUCAUUUAACUGAUUGUAUUGUACUUAUAAACAGUUGCAGUAUGUAUUUCACUGGAAGAUACUGUAACGUAAUCUUACUGGUUUAGUUAAUGGCUACUUUUUUUUUAUAUAAAUGUAUUAUUUGUUUUUACAAGUUAUUUGAUCACCUGUAAAAUGGAGGGAAAAAAACAGUUUUUGCAACAACACUAAGCCAUUAUACUACAAUUGCCUGCUAACUAUAUUCCUGAUUUACUCUCUUCUGUUACUUAUAUGAUGAACUAAAACAGUUCAGAUUUCUUUUUCAGUUCUCAGAGGACUCAGAGUAUAUUAGUGAUAUAUUAUAUGCUCAUGACAUUUUCAUUUAUUUCCUUGGCUCCCAUGCUUUAGUUAUUUAUGAAUUUGACUUAUGUUGAAUGUUUUCAUUACUUGUUCAUAUCAAAUAUAUCCAAGGUUACGCAUUGUAACCCGACUCCAGCUCGCACACAGCCCUCUGCCAGGUUCUGCAGGUUCACCACGCUGAAAUGUUCAUCUGCUUUUUCGGCCAAUCAGAACAGACCCACCACCUUAUAUAUAAGUGCUCAUGCUUCUUUAUGCCCAGGCUACAUGCCUACCUCUACCUGUGUGUGACAAAAACCAUGUUGAACUGCUGUGGUUUGCACAUAUGUGGUGUCCACACAGACAGCGUUUCUGCUGCUGCCAGCCCUGUCUCUCUACAUUGAGUUUGCCUUUGAUAAUCAACAACAGAAUUAAUUCAGAGCCUUGUGCUAUUAAAUGACAGGACCCUUUCCACGGAAAUGUUGAGGGUUUAUCAUUUGAAACAAACACUAAUUGUAAGGAUAAUUAUUGUUAAUGUCUGUGACACAUUUUACAGACAGACACUGAAAAUGCUGUGAAAGGUGUAAUUACCUGUCAAGAAAUCAUUUUCACAGUCUAUUUUUGCUGGCGACCAUGCUCUUAACAUGUUAAAUAAGCUAAAGAUGUGCCGAAUUAGUCAUGUCGAAGCUGUGUAGCUGCUUUAACCUGUUAACAUGGGCGCUGAAAUAAAAAAUAUACUGGUAAGCAGCAACGUUGGCAGCCUCCAAUCUUGAAUUAGUGCAUCUGGGUGCGCAGUAGUGGCAAGUAUACGUAGAAACAUACAC